AUGGUGCCCGAUGUGCAGGGCUCUUCGCGGGCGCCCAGCAUUUCGGAAGACACUCUUGUGGACGCGUUGAUCGCAUGCUGCAGGGAGGACAUCGAGAAGAUCGCCUUGGCUGAGGCCACAGACCAGCACUGCCCCCUGCAGCUCGAUGUCCUUUGCCUUGCCAAUGAGAACCCCCUGGUGGCGGAAGCGCUUGUAAAAUCCCCAAACACCAUGCUCCAACGUCUCGAUGAUGCUGCGAUCAAAGCUCAAGAGCGAAUAUUGAAGUCACACAGAGAGAGCGAGCAGCGCCAAGCAAAGGACACAGUGCACAUCCGAGUGCACAGCCUCCCAUAUGCGCUGGAUCCCUCAUGUGAAUCACUGAACCCAGGUGUUGGGCAUAUACUGUGCCACCAUGUUGGGCGGCUGCUGUCAUUCACUGGGACUGUUGUCAGAACUGGGGUGGUGAAGAUCUUUGAGAGCCAGAGGCUGUAUGAAUGCAGCAAGUGCAGGCACAGGUUUGUUGUCGAUGCACAAAUUGAGCUGGGUGGCUUUGUGGAGUUGCCUCUUGUGUGCCCCUCUCAACGCGACCGGCCUUGUGGGUGCAGCACCUUCAAGCACCUUGAGGAAGUGCAGGUCUUGACAAACUACCAGGAGGUGCGUGUGCAGGAGAAGAUGCACUGCCUGGCGAUGGGCACCCUUCCAAGGUCCACCAUUGUUGUGUUGCGGGAUGACCUCGCAGACAUCUGUUGUACUGGAGAUGAUGUCGAGGUGACUGCAGUCAUCACGCAAAGGUGGCGCCACGAGCGGCCUGGGGAACGCUGCGAUGUAGAAAUCAUUGCUCUUGCCAACAACGUCCGCCUUUUGAAUGCUCACAAGAGUGGCCUCAUCUUGGAGCCCAGCAUGGACCACAAGUUCCGCGAAUUCUGGAAGGCACAUGAGGGACGGCCCUUGGCUGGCCGGAACAUGAUCCUGGCAUCCAUCUGCCCCCAGAUCCAUGGGCUGUUCAUGGCCAAACUGGCUCUUGUGCUGAUGCUCAUCGGUGGCCUACAGCACACUGACGACAGCGGCAUGAAUACCCGGGGGACGGUGCACAUGCUGCUCAUCGGAGACCCAGGCACAGGGAAAUCGCAGCUCAUGAAGUAUGCAGCACGGCUGAGCCCCCGUUCAGUUAUCACAUCUGGCAAGGGGGCCAGCGGGGCGGGCCUCACAGCAACAGCUGUCAAGGAUGGCGGCAGCUGGUGCCUGGAAGCGGGGGCCAUGGUGCUGGCAGACGGUGGCCUCUGCUGUAUCGAUGAGUUCAAUGGCAUCAAGGACGCAGAUCGGGGAAUGAUCCAUGAGGCCAUGGAGCAGCAGACAGUGAGCAUCGCCAAG